UCUUUGAAAAACAAUGGAUUUCCAAUGCCUUACAAGGAAAGAGCUCCAGUUUCUUUGCAAGAGAAACAAAAUCCCAGCUAACAUUACUAACGUUGCCAUGGUUGAUGCUCUCAACGCUCUUGAGCUGGUUGAAGGACUUGAGGAGCUGCAGAAUCAAUCUCAAUCCCCAGGAAAGACUGUGAAUAAGGAAAUUCUUGGUACUGUUACCCGGACUUCAACUAGUAGAAAGCCCAGCAAGGAAGAACAAAGCACACAAUCAACCAUCCGAACCCGAAAAACUGCAAGAAAAACAAUGGCAGUGGAAGAAGAAAACAAGAACUUGAAUAUGCCUGAGGUUGAGGUUAAGGAUCAGAGGAAGAGUGAUGUAGUUGAGACUCCAUUGCCAAGUGGUAGGAGCAAAGUCAAGGCUCAGAAAGAAGGUUCAUUGCAGCCUACCUACAGUACAAGGCGGUCGGUGAGGUUGCUAGGGAAGAGCAUGACUGGAUUGAGUAUCAAGGAGAGUGAGAAAAUGCCUGCAAAGGUUGAUGAAAUGGUAGAAGGUGAAGAUGGAAGAAAAAAUGGUCAAUCUGGAGCUACACUAGAACUACCUUUGGCUCGGAAUUUAAGUGUAUCUCUUGAAGAUGAAAGGGAAUUGAAAGAUGAUGUUGAAUGUGUCAAUGUAGAAACUGAUGAGAAGACUGAACUAGAAAGUGAUGACAAGAUUGCAGAUGAUCCUCUUGGAAUCAUAGAUCCAAAGGAUUCUGAUAAUAGUGCUGUCUCUGAAGAUUCCAUCAACUUAAAUGAGGAAUUGGUAGCUGAUAAGGCUGAUGAUGUUGCUGUUUCCAAUGAUGCAUGCGAGAUCGAGAACUUAAAUGAGAAAUCGGUAGCUGAUGAGACCAAGGAAGCUUAUGAGGAACCGGUUGUUGAUGAGACUAAAUCAAUUGCAGUACUGAUUGCAAAUGUUGACGAUCUACCUGAAGAAGUUUCUGAUCAUUCUUCAUCAGCAGAUAUGGAGGCAAUGCAUAAUGAUGUAACCAUACUUCCGAAAGCUGAAGAGCAUGCUGAUGGUGAUGUAUCUCAAAACGUUUUGGUUCUCCCUGCGGAAGGUCAUAUGGAUUCCUCAAAAGAGAAGGGAAAUGAAGAAUCUAAUGAUGAUGAUACAUUCCUUGGCGACUAUGACAUCAAGAAUGACACAGGAUCUGAAAGUAAAUCACUAGCUGAAGAGCAAAUCACUGCUGAUGCUCAAGUGUUCCAGAUCUCCCUGCAGAAGUUCAUAUGGAAUCCUCUGCAAAAAAGGGAAAUGAAGAAUCUAAUGAUGAUGAUGAUGCAUUCCUUGGUGAUUCCAACAUUGAUGAUGACACAGGAUCUAACAGCAAAUCAUCAACUGAUCAACUACAAGAGGAAGUUUUAUGUGAACAAGAAGGUAGAAGUAUUCCAACAGGUGCCUACAGCUAUGAGGGCCCAAGGAAUAUGGUGUAUGAAGAAUCUGAUGAUGAUGAUGAGGCAUCAUCUGAGGAUUCCAUGACAAACAUGGUGUCUGAAGAAGCAUCAGUUGAUGCAAAUGUAACCGAAGCUGAAACCACCCUUGUGAGUUCAUUCCACAGAG